GAGAGCAAAGUUUAUUAUUCUUGAUCUUUUUUAUAGACAUGUUCGAGAAGGUCUGAGAGGUAAAACUCUCAUUGGUGAUUAAAGCAACACAUUUACUAUCAGUGGUUAAGUGUAACAUCAUCUUUUGACUGUUUUCUUAAACAUUACUUGCAAAAAAUUGUUGUCCUUUACCAAGGACUGUUUGGAUUCUUUCUCAUGUUUUCUCAGUUUAGAAUGAGAAGCCUGUGGCUUAGUUUCUGUUCUCUUCUUUUUGCAUUUAAUAUCUGCAGAGCAGCAUGAAACAUUUCCUGUAGAUGGGAUAUUUAGUACUCUUAGACAAUGGCAUAGUGCAGAAAAGCACAGGGCUGGUACAGCAGCAGAGACCUCGUGGUGUGGAGACACAGGAUGAAAGAGUGCAGAGAGGGGAGAUAAGAGUUUGUGUGUGUGUGUUAUGUGGGUGACACAACACCCAUAAAACAGGAGCCUACAGCAUGGAGCAGAAUUGUGCACAGAUGCAUCAGCAGAGGCACGAGGGGCAAAUGACCCUUCCCUAGCCAAUACAUGAUAACCAGGUCAGCCCACAGGAGCCUGAAAUAUUCUUGUUAUCAUGGAUGUCUCUGCCUUUGAACAUAGUAAACGCUGGGAGCAUUAGGAGCUGUUCCCACAUUCUCCACAACACAAAGUAAUACAUGGCACAGAGCCAGGCUGAAAAAGAGCAGCUGAGUGACUCAACAGUUUCAAUUCUUCAGCUGCAGACUGACUAUUCUGCUAAGGCAAGCCCAGAGAAAAGCUAUGUUUCAGUUUCUGUUUUCCAGUAAUUUCAUCACAGACCAUGUGAGGGCUGGACCAAAUAAAAUGGAAGGCAUAACAACAGUGGGCAGCAUUCCUUUGGCUUUGAGGCUGAAGACAAGCAAGCAGAGAAGGAAAACCAUGAGUACCAUUUCCAAGGAUUCCUUGAAGGCUUCCCUGCUGCAGUUAGAAUGCCAUUUUACAUGGACUUUGCUGGAGAAGCAUGUAAGUCUUGAGGCCCUAGAGGAAACAAUACUUGAUCAUAUCAAGUUUGUCACAGAAUACAAAAUAAGAGAUUAUAAUACACUAUCCUAUGUAUGCCACCUAAAGAAUUCAGAUGAGGAAGCCCUAAGACAUCUCAAAAAAGCUGAAGAAGUUAUUCAAAAAUGUCAUCCAGAUGAAAUUGCCAGGAAAAGUCUUGUUACCUGGGGGAACUAUGCCUGGAUCUAUUACCACAUGCAGAGAUAUGAAGAAGCUCAAACUUACGUAAGCAAAGUGGAAAACAGCUGCAAAGAGCUUUCAAGUACUUCUCAUGGAAAGAUUCAGCUUCCAGAGAUCUAUGCUGAGCAAGGAUGGGCAUUAUUACGUUUUGGGAGGAAUUACUUUGAGAGGGCAAAGAAUUGCUUUGAAAAUGCUCUGAAGAGCGAGCCUGAUAACCCAGAUGUUAAUGCUGGCUAUGCAUUAGCAAUGUAUCGCUUGGAGGACUGCGCUGAGAAGUAUGGUGAAGAGGUGAGGCCAUGCCUUGAGGCCCUGCAGCGAGCAGUGCAACUGAAUCCAAACGACACUACCAUUAUGGGGCUACUUGCAUUAGAACUUCAGCGAUUAAAACGAGUGAAUGAAGGAGAGAGGUACAUUGAAGAAGGACUGCAGAAAACCCCUGACUUUCCUGUUUUCCUGCGAUAUGCUGCUAAUUUUUACAGAAAGAAAGGAAAAGUGGACAAGGCAGUGGAGAUCUUGCAGAAGGCCCUAGUACUGACACCAAACGCUGUCGUUCUGCAUCACCAACUAGGACUCUGCUACAGAACCAAGGCACUUCAAUUGAAAAAUACAAGAUACACACCUCAAGAGGAAGUGGAGAAUCUCUUCCAGCUUGCCAUUUUUCAUUUUAAAAUAGUCAUAGACAAGAAGCCAGUAUUUUUUUGUGCCCAUUGUGACCUUGCAAACACAUAUGCACUAGCCAAGAGGUAUGAAGAAGCAGAAGAGGUAUUUCAGGGAGUGCUUCAGAGAAAUGAUAUACCCUGUGAUGACAAACAAGUUAUCUACUUCAAUUAUGGCAAUUUUCAGCAUUUUCACAUGAAGUCAGAAUCUAAAGCCAUUAAGUAUUACAUAGAAGGUCUGAAAAUGGAAAAAGAUUCCUAUGGAAGAAAAAAGUGCAGUAAAGCUGUGGAGAUAUUGUUGAAAGAGAAAAUUAGGAGAGGUUUAAGAGCCACAGAUAUUGGUACACUUGGAUUUGUUCAUAACCUAAAUGGUAAGAAACAAGAAGCAAUUCAAUGCUAUCAGAAAGCCAUUGCUUUGGAGCCAAACAAUGAAGAAUAUCUGAAUGCAUUAGCUGAGCUACAACUUUCCAUCUCAAGCUAAAGCUCACAAAAAUCCUAUGUACCAAAAUAUCCCCCAAACCAAGGACCUUUCAACGCUCUCAAAACUUGGUUUUGUUGUUUGUUUUUCAUUUGAAGGUAGACAUUAUGACCAGAUGGAACUCGUGUGGCAUCCGUUUCUGGUCAUAAUGUAGAAACUGCAGACGAUUGUUCAUUUGUUCAUUCGCUAACAGAGAGCAUGCUUGGAUAACUACAUAAUAUAUAUUUAUAGCUAGUCUAACUUAGUCUUCAGUGCUAACAUGGGUAUAAAUGUUACAUUUAAGUGAUGGUCUGUAGAACACAGAACUACAACACUGAAAUCAGAUAUUACCUUUUACUGAGAAAAAGAUAAGGGAAUCGUAGUAUUUUGUCUGUACACUUGAAGGGCAUGCUUACACACAAAUAGAAAUUCUGAAGCUUUUUUAAGCAUUUCAAAAAUAUGUUUUGUAGAAGAAACUUUUGUUGAAGGCUUGUUCAGUUUACUACCUUGUAUGCUGUUUAAUUAUGAAAUAAAAACACCAUUUUGUUAGUCCACUGGAAAGCUAACAAAAUGCAUAUUAUUGCUGUGAAUUACUAAAGUCUGUUGAAUCCAUCAACUGCUGCUUCUGGGUAUCUCUCUGAUGACCAGCCUUCAUGUUAGUAGGUUAAGACAAACAGCCAUCAAAAAAGUAAGAAGGAUAGAGUUUUGGUAGGAUACAAAAGGCUGAGGAGACAGCCCCAUUUAUUUUCCCUGAGCUCUCAGCAAAGCUGGCUCCAGGGAAAUUGCAUCAAAGAAUUAAACUGUGCACAAAACAGCAUCUGUCUUGUUUACCCAAAACACCCUAUCAGGAACCACUACAGCAAACGUCUUGUAGCAGCGCAGGCGGAUGGUAAAUGCUGCUGCCUUCCCAAAAGCGUCUCCAGGUGAAGGCGUUCGGGCAGGCACACAACAAACACACAAUCCACACACACAGGACACGGACAGCUUGUCAGCAAAGAGAGCAGGAAGGGUCUUUGUAUGGAGUUCCAACAGGGUUUAUUACAGCCACACAUCAAAAGCGUCCAGGCACAAAGACAAGUGACAAGGGCGGGUCCAGGAUUAUAUAUAGGAAAGGGGGGGCAGAUCAAAGGGUCCGGGUCCAAUAGGAACAGGGGGAAAUGGUGCAGAGGUGGGGUAAUAAAACAAGGGAAUCGAUAGGAUAGCAGGGCCACUGCACUAAACGAGGGCCAAUGGGGAAACAGGGGUGGAAGAACAUCCUAGGGAGCAUACAUAUAAGGUAAAAGGGGGGCUGAACUGGGUGACACCAACUUGGUAAAGCAAUGAGGGAAUAAACAUUAAAAUAUGGCUGCAGAGGUCUAUGGGAGUGAGGUGUCUCCCACCCCAACCUUGGGAGGCAUUAUUCAUGGUGUCCUUUCCAUGGCUGAGGGAUGGAGCUUUUGGUCAUAGGCCCUUGGGCCUCCACAACAUCUGGAGGGGAAGGAGAGGCAGACUUUGAGAUGCCAAAGAGGUGGCUGUGGCCCUGCUUAUUAAACAAGCAAGGGAUAGCAAACACGCACAAGAAAUGACCUGAACUGGACAUGGAGGGCAGAGCACAGCCAGAAGAGAGUUGGGUGAGCACCACAGAGCAGGGCAGGGGAACAUGAGGGGUGUGUGGGAAAAGGGGUGGGUGCCCAUAGGGUCUACAUGAAUGGAAGAAAGGACUGAAAUGACAGAAUGGGUUGGCAAGGUGAUUGUCUUCAUAUAACCAACUAAAAUUCAAUAUUCUUUGGAACAUCCUGGCCUAAUUGCCCAGUAGUGUACCUUUGUUUGAUAGACCAUAGUACUCAGGGAAAACUAAUGCUCUACUUCCAAAACACUUCUGAGCCUUAGCCACUAGUGCAGCAUGAAGGAAACUGGUGACAGAGCCCAUCAGGAAGGAUGUGCCCUUUAGUUUCUAGCCAUCCUGGAGCACUCCUGCACCUGCAACAGCACCCCUCUACAGACAGGAUGACAAGCCAUGAAGGAGAGCAAAACACCAAUGCCAGACCACAAAAUAUCAAUAAACCUCUUCCCUCUCAGCUCUCCUUCAGAGAAUCUUUCGUAACACAAGCAAAAGUAAUCAACUGUACAUAAUUAAAAACACCCUCUUCCUAAAAAAGAGAUGGAGCAAAAUUCACCCUUGUUUCCCAGCCACCUGUCAGUUUCUCUGGUACAAACAAAGGCAACCCUACCUAGGGAAGGAGAGAUGAGGGGGGAGAACAGGAAGGACUGGGAACAGUUCUGACAGACCUGAAUGCUGGAACAGCAGUGGGGGCAAAGUCAGGAACUGGUGACACAACAUUGGUGUGCCCAGCUAUGGGGGAAAAAGGGUCUGUUAGACCACCUCACUGCCUUUGUGAAUCUUGAGGCCUUUUAAGCUCAGCAUCAUUGCUAUCUAAACUCUACUGAGGGCAUUGAUGGGGGAGGGCAACAGGGAAGAAUUUGAGGAAGAGUUGGUGCAGAUUCACAAAGCAGUGGUACAUCCAUCUCCCCUCUACACUGCCACCAGGACAUCUGAAAAAAUAACCUUCAAGAAAUAAGGAUAAGCUAUAAAUUAUUUGGGGGGGGGGGGGGGGGGAAAAGUGAGCCUGAAUUUUUAAGAAGAGUCAUAGCAGCUCGAUCUG